CCAGCGCCCCGCACAUGAAGCUCCGCAGCGCUGCCGGCCGUCGAGUUGGAUCAGAUGAACGCAAGAGCAGAGCAUGCUAUGUCGACGAUAACACAAAGGGGAGAACUAACGGAGAUGGGAGGAGGAGGAGGAGGAGGAGGAGGAGCAACACUCUCGACUCCCACGGAAUGCUCAUGGAACGUCUUGCCAGAGGAGAAUUUGCACGGAGUCGAUCCCACCCUUCCGACCUUUGAUCUUGAAGAAUGGUUUGCCUCUGCAGCGUUUUUGAAUUCGAACCUCUUUUUAGAUGAUAGCGUUCUCGUACAGGGGCCUGGAUGAUACAGUCCACGGGUGGUCGUUCAAGUGGUGAGAUCGCAGCAUAGCCGAGAAGCUACCAUCAGGUCCAGAAAUGAACCAGACU